CGGCAUAUUUUUGUCGAUGUGCCGUCGACCAACCAGUAUACUUCUCACCCUCCCCUCUCUUCUUCUUCUGCUAAACCUAAUUCCUCCACCACCGUUCACCAAAUUCAAUUCCGUUGUCGCCGUCUCACCGUCGACUCCGAUGUCCGACGACGAUCUCGUCGCCAGUCCCUCCUCGAAUAAUAAUUCUCCGUCUCCCCCUCCCUCUCCGUCAUCUCCACCGCCCUCAACCAACAACGAACUAGUUAAUUCUCUUCCACCGUCGACGAUCCCGCCGGCGUCAACUCGACCGGCGGCUUUUCCCGCUCGCGAGGACUGCUGGUCGGAGGCGGCGACUCAUACUCUUAUCGAAGCGUGGGGGUCCCACUACCUGGAGCUAAAACGCGGCAAUCUCCGGCAGAAGCACUGGCAGGAGGUGGCUAACGCCGUUAAUGCCCUUCACGGCCACACAAAGAAGCAAUAUCGCACCGAUAUACAGUGCAAAAAUCGCAUCGAUACAUUGAAGAAGAAGUAUAAGAUCGAAAAAGCUAGGGUUUCUCAAUCCCACGGCCGGUACGCCUCCCCGUGGCCGUUUUUCAACGGUCUCGACGCUCUAAUCGGCGAUAAUUUCAAACCGUCGCCGGCGCCGGUAACAGUCGCUUCUCGCCGGAAGACACCUCCGAUGCUUCUUCCCCCGCCUUCUGCAGUACCGGUUGGUCCUCGGUCAAAGCGGCCGGCGGCAGCCAUGGAGGAUGCCGUUUCCCGGAGAAAUUUCUCCGCCAUGGCUGCGGCAGCCGCUGCGGCAGCUGUCUCUGAGGAAUCGGACGAAGAGGAGGAGUCGGAAACUUCAAGUCCAGCGGCCAUAUCUCUGACCGGUGCUCGGAAGGAGGAGAGUGGAGCAUUGGCAGAGGGUUGUAGUAGGUUAGCUGAGGCAAUAGGAAGGUUUGCAGAGAUUUACGAACGGGUUGAAGAUGCUAAGCAGAGACAAAUGGUGGAAUUGGAGAAGCAGAGAAUGCAAUUCGCAAAGGAUUUGGAGAUUCAAAGAAUGAAACUCAUUAUGGAGUCACAAGUCCAGCUUGAAAAGCUUAAACGCGCUAAGAGCAAUUCACAAGCUGAUGGUUACUUGUAGAAGGAAUGUUGACUAGAACAGUGCAUUUUUCAACAAAUCUUUUGGAGGUGAUACAUAUAUUUUGGUUAACCUCGCCAAGAGUAUACAAGUUUGCUAUCAUGAAGACGAGCGAUAGAUGUACUUCAGGCUUCGAUUUGGUCUACUUUUGCUUAGACUUUUUCAGAAUCUUGAUAAGAGCUUGUAACUUAAACUUAUUUCUCUGUAAAUUAACCAUUUUAUUCUUUUGCUUGGUGAAAGUAUUGGCCGGAACCAGACCCUCGUUGUCGUCCUGAUUAUAUUUUUUGAAUUUAUAGGUGUUCUUUUUUAUUUCUUCCGAUGGAGUAAAGAAAAGUAUCUUUUGAGCUUUAGGCAUAUGGUGGUGACUGUCUAUGCAAAUGUGAAUGGAAUAAUGAGGUUCCUUGUUU